CGCGAGACAAUGCUGACCAAUCCGCUGCGAGGAUUUGUUCGCGGCUUGUAGUUCACUGCUAAUGUAGGUAAAAGAAAAAUAGUUCGCCAAGACGUAAGCUACUAUGGAAAAUGGAAGCUCAGUUCUGGACAGUCCUGAGGACUUGGAUUGUUCCUCAGAUUCUGGUAGCAUCUUCGUUCCUCAGAAGCGACGUAAACAAGCAGUGGCUGGGUCCCAGCCACCGAAGAGACCCAGGCGUAAUGCUGUAAGGGUGACAUCCAGCCCCAGCAGCCCCUUCACAACCCCUCCUGACUCCUCCCAGCAGAGGCAAUCGCCCUCCCAGGGGACUUCCAGAAAGCCCUCCUCUCGCCGUGUGACGAGCGUGAGCGAGGAAAGCCAGGGGAUCAGUGCGAAGGAUAUCUAUGAUGCUGUGUUUUCUGGAAAGACUGCCAUGGUGACGGUGGUGGAGGAGUGGCUGUGCUGCUACAAACGGAGCAAAGAGGCAGGCCUGCUGGUGCUCAUCAACUUUAUUGUUCAGUCCUGCGGAUGCAAAGGUGUGGUGAACAGAGACAUGCUGGAAAGCAUGGAGAAUGCUGAAAUAAUCGGCGCACUAACAAAGGAGUUCAAUGAGGAUUCUGUGAACUACCCUCUGAGCACCCCUGGUCCUCAGCUGAAGCGUUUCAAAGCCGGCCUGUGUGAGUUUCUGCGGGUCCUGGUGCGCUCGUGUCGCAAUAGUUACGUCUACGACGAAUUUCUCUUCCCCUCCCUGCUGGCUCUACUCACCGGGCUCUCUGACUCCCAGGUCAGAGCCUUCAGACACACCAGUACCUUAAUGGCCAUGAAGCUGAUGACAGAGCUGGUGGACAUCGCUGUGGCCGUGUCGGUCCAGCUGCAGACCACCCAGCGGCAGUUCGACGUAGAGAACGGCAAGAAGCCGCAUGAGCGAGCCUCCGACAGGCUGGAGGAGCUGAGCGCCUCCAUCAGAGAGCUGCAGGAGAACAGAGAGGAGCUGUCCUUCAUGAUGAACACCACCUUCCGAGGCGUCUUCGUGCACCGCUACCGCGACCGACUGCCGGACAUCCGCGCGACCUGCAUGGAGGAGCUGGGCGUCUGGCUGACGACGGACCCGGAAAACUUCCUCAACGACGGAUGCUUGAAAUACUUGGGAUGGACGCUGCACGACAAGCAAAGUCCAGUGCGUCUGCGGUGUGUGCGCGCCCUGCAGGGUCUGUACCAGCAGAAGGAGUUCAUUGGCCGCCUGGAGCUUUUCACCAGCAGAUUUAAAGAGCGGAUUCUCAGCAUGGUGCUGGACAAAGACCCAGACGUGGCCGUGGAAGCGGUCAAUCUGUUGCUGAUGAUCCAACAGAGCACAGAGGAAGGCUUGAAAGAAGAGGAGUGCGGCCACAUCUAUCCGCUGGUUUACGCGUCACACCGAGGCCUGGCGUCUGCUGCCGGCGCCUUCCUCUGCAACAAGCUUAGAAAUGUGCUCACCGCCGACAGCCAGGAGGAUGAGAACGGCAACAGCAUUGCCUCCUUUUUUCAAAUACUCAUAUCUUUCUACAUCCAGACCGAGUUUCAUGAGCACGGUACAUACCUGGUGGACAGUCUGUGGACCGUGGCCGGCUCUGAGCUGAGAGACUGGGCCACGAUGACGGCUUUGCUGCUGCAGGAUUAUGGUCUCGUGUAUGAGGAGGAGGGGGCGCUCCUGGAGAUUAUGAUGUGUGCCAUCAGACAAGCAGCAGAGGCGACUCCACCGGUCGGGAGGAGCGAGGGCAAAAAGAACCUGAGCAUGAAGCAAAAGAAGAUUCAGGAGCAAGACAGGACUCGGAUCACCACGCAUUUCAUCCCCGUGCUGCCACAGCUGCUUUCCAAGUACUCGGCCGAUGCAGAGAAGGUGAGCCUUCUCCUCACAGCUCCUCUGUACUUUGACCUGGACAUGUACAGCAGCACCCAGUGGCUUGAAAAGCAUUUGGACCUGCUGCUGUCCCAGAUCUGUGACAUCGUCAAAAAGCACACGGACGGCGGCGUGCUGCAGGCCUGCGCCCAGCUGGUCAGCACCCUCUGCUCGGAGCGCCACACCUUCUCCUCCCGCGCACACCUGGCGUUCAGUCAGCUGUUGGACGCCCUGACCGACCGCUUCAGCGCCUACCUGAGUGACCUGCUGCAGGAUACAGCAGAUGAGGAUGGAGUGUACAAUGCAGCUACAGCCUUGAAACGGAUUGCUGCCUUGAGCAGCGCCAUGGACCCGACUGGAUGGGAGCUGCUUGACUCUUGUCUGGAGUUGCUGAAAAACAGGAUAGAAUCCGUGAAUUUGGACACAGAGCUCAUGGCGGCGGCUCUGAAGUGUGCAGCUUUUCACCUUAUGUGGGCAAAAUUGAAGGCGGUCAACCUCAAGCCAGCCGAGGCUGAAUUAAAGUGUCUGAGGAAGCAGGUCCGCGUGUUCUGCAGAAUCUGUCAGACUUGUCUGUCUCUGGACCAGACCGAGAUCCGAGACCAGGCGUUUGAGCUGCUCUGUGACCUUCUGCUGCUGUACAGCGAGGUCUCUGUCCGCAGCGAGCCUGCCCUCCAGACGCUGGUCCACCUGCCGUCCGACUCCCUGCGUGCCGAGUUGGCAUCUUUUCUCCUGGACUACAUCUUCACCGACACCGAGAGCAUCGAACUUGAUGAUGAAGGUCUGGAGAAGAAGGUGGCUCUUCUUCAAAAGAAACGCAACCAGCUGGCGGGCUACUGUAAGCUGGUCGUCUACGGCGUCCUGGACCUCAGUGCUGCCACUAACGUCUUCAAGCACUAUAGCAAGUACUUUAAAGACUUUGGCGACAUCAUAAAGGAGACAAUGAGCAAGAGCAAGCUCAUCAACCCCAUACAGAGCGCCAAGGUUGUCUGCCUGAGCCUGCAGCAGCUGUUCGCCGAGAUGCUUACGGAGGGCCACGAACGGCCGGAUUUCACCGAGAUCAGAGAGCUGGCCAGAAGGCUCGCCAUGACCUUUGACGUCAAUCUCCAACGCGCCCGCAAACAACUGGUGGCCGUUCAUCUGGACGGGAUCCGUUUCGCGUUUCGCGUGGCGCCGGACGGAGAGGAGGAGCAUCCAAACGUGGCCUUCCUAGAGAUCCUCAGCGAGUUCAGCUUCAAGUUGCUCCCGCAGGACCGCGCCCAACUCGCCAACUUUGUGGAAGCCGAGUGUCCCAGUGCUGCCCUCUGCUGGCCAGCGGUCAGACUGUACCUCCGCUCUCUGGCCGCUCGCUCCUCCAAGUCCAAAAAAGGGCCCGGGGAAGGAGGAGGAGCCGACUCCUCCCUGGGCACCCCUGUAGCCAAACGCAUGAGGACCAGUGCUCAGGGUUCAGUGUCCAGCAGCGCCACGGGUUUGUUGCUGGAGAGCAGCAGUGUCCAGAGCCACCUUCACACUCCGGUCCUCACCUCCACCGUCCUGAGGCAGACGGCCCAAGAGCCGGCCGCCAAGAGGCCCGCAGCCGCGCCGUCGGACAGCGGGAGUGACCUGGCCGAGCUGGAGUCAGAGGAUGAGUUCUCCGGACCACAAAUGCGGAAGGUGAAGCCGACCAAACGUGGAACAGCUUCAUCCAUGCAGGCUGCCACGCCGCAAGAGGAGCUGCACUCUCACCUCACUUUGCUCUCGCUGAUCGAGGAUGACCUUUCAGAAAAAGCCGAAGGCGACAGCUCGGGAAGAGAGGAGCCGGAGAUCGAAGACUACGAAAGUGACAAAGAAUCUCAGUACACACUGCCGUCAACGCGUCACACCUCAGCCAGCAUCCUCGACGAGCUCUUUGACUGAGAUCAUCUCAGCGUUUCUGUUCUUUCAGUUUGCAGCAAUCGUUUCUCCGUACACGGAUGUUAAAACUGGAUUUUGUUCUAAAUUUGCACGUUAUCCGUUGAAGUUUUUCACUUUGAUUAUUGUAUUGUUUUAAAAAUGUGGCAAACGUCCUCGACUACAUUUUGAUGAGUUUGAGCUAUAAGCUUUCCACAGUUUGACUCAGUUUCUGAAUUGCAUUUUUUUUGUUCAGCACUUAUGGUAAAUAAAAUAUGCAGAAUGUUUCAAAGUUGUGCUGAAUGUAUGUUAAAACUUACUGUGAUCUUGACUGGUAAUGCAAAAUGGUUUGCAAACCUUUAACAAUCAUAAUUGAAAUACUGUAACUGAGUCACUGCUGUUUUCUUUUUACAUUAAACAUCCAUGCUAUAGUUUUCUUCAAGUUAGGGACAUAAUUUUUGUUUCUCAGUGAAAGAAACGUUGAAAUCACUGAAAUUUGCCUCAAAUAAUUAUUUCCAGUUUGAUUCAGUUUCUGAGUAUACUUUUGUUGUUAGUGCCACUUUAUUUGUUCCGCACUCAUGGUAAAUAAAAUAUGCUGAAUGUUUCA